CAUGAAUGUCAUGAAAAUAACAACGCUACAACACCUUAUACAACACUAUUUAAAAAAAAGUACUUCAACACGUCACCCUGGUGUGUUGUCAAUUUACUAAAGAAAAUAAAGUUUUUGAUGUUAUUUGAGAAAAUAAAGUAUAAAACAAAAUGGUGCUCAUAGCUGCUACAGUAUGCACAAAGUCAGGGAAAGCGCUUGUAUCUCGUCAGUUUGUGGAGAUGACGAAGGCUCGUAUCGAGGGAUUGCUGGCGGCAUUCCCCAAGCUCAUGACUGGUGGACGUCAGCAUACAUUUGUGGAGACUGAAUCCGUGAGAUAUGUGUACCAACCGCUGGACAAGCUGUACAUGCUGCUGAUCACCACCAAGGCCAGUAACAUCCUCGAGGAUCUGGAGACACUGCGCCUCUUCAGUAGAGUGGUGCCAGAGUACUGCACUCAGCUGACUGAAGCGGAGGUGAUGAACCAAGCAUUCAAUUUACUCUUCGCUUUUGAUGAAAUUGUCGCGCUUGGAUACAGGGAGAGUGUCAACUUGGCACAGGUACGCUCAUGUGUUGAGAUGGACUCGCAUGAAGAAAAGAUCUACCAAGCUGUGAGACAGACGCAGGAGCGCGAGGCGGCCAACCGCAUGCGCGAGCGCGCCAAGGAGCUGCAGCGAGAACGACUCGAGGCCGCCAAGCGAGGCGCUCCGCCGCGGUCACAGAUGGCGUUCGGUAGCGGCGGUUUCGGCAGCUCGUCGAUGUCCUCCUCAAGCCCCACCGAACCCUUGAUCGAGAAGACCAUCAGCACGCCCGCUAGAGACACUCGUCCAGUAGGCAGAUCUGCGAUGAAGCUGGGCUCCCGUGGGACAGACACGGAGUCGUUCGUGUCGCGCCUGCGCAGUGAAGGCGACCCCGGGGCGGUCGCCGCGCCGGUCGCCAGGGUGGACAGCAAGCCCGUACCGGCUGAUCAUAAGGAUGUGCAUCUACGCUUUGAGGAGCGUUUGAAUUUGGUAGCUGGAAGAGAUGGCGACAUACAAAGCUUCGAACUAUCUGGUCUGCUAACACUGCGCAUAAGCAACGAGCAGUACGGCCGCAUCCACGUGCACGUCGACAACAAGGACUCCAGACCGCUGCAGUUGCAAACGCAUCCGAACGUGGACAAAGAGGCGUUCCGUUCGCAAGGCGUGAUCGGACUGAAGCAGGCGCAGCGCCCGUUCCCGCUGCACAGCGACGUCGGCGUGCUGAAAUGGAGACUCGCUGCGGCUAAUGAUGACAAACUCGCUCCAAUCUCCGUGAACUGCUGGCCGUCGGAUGGCGCCGGCGGCGGCUGCGACGUCAACAUCGAGUACGAGCUCGAACAGGACCACCUCACGCUCAGCGACGUCAACAUACACAUACCGCUGCCAACGGGUAACAGUUCAGUGGUGGUGCAUCAGUGGGAGGGUAGCUACUCGCAGAAAGGUCGCCAGCUCAUAUGGAGCAUACCGAUCGUUAACAAGCAACAGAAAACCGGCAGCCUUGAGUUCACGGUAACACCGGCCAUACCGAACGACUUCUUCCCUCUGACCGUGACGUGGACAUCAGACACCUCCCUGGCGCUUCUGACCGCCACCAAAGUCACACAAGCUGAGGACGGCUCGCCAGUCGACUUCUCGCAGGAGAUCAGCUUCCAUCCCGACAAAUAUGAGAUUGUAUAAAUAUAGAUGAGUGUUUUUGGCGUUACCAGGUAUAAAGGCGUAUUAGUAACAUGAACUUGUGGGCAUAAUAUCGCGACGUUCGCCUUUCACAUUUGUAUGCCACUAAGUAAGGAGAGGUGAGCUUGAAGGCGCAUAUAUUGGUGGGGAAAUAACUUCUGUGAGUGUGGCUACUCUAACGUACAAAUACAUCCGCGACGUGCUAGUGUGCUCAAGUUGUUUGUUCGGCAAUCAACUGAUAUCGUUAUGGCUGGAAGUUAGUCACUUCACUAUAACACCUACCCUACUGUUUCUCGACGCCGGUUUUCCGUAAUGUCGACCGUAUCGUCUUUGAUUUAAGGCGCAUUUAAUUUUAAAUUAUGUCUAUCACUCCACCAAUUACAUUGCCCACACGCAUCUACGUCAUAUAGACGUCACAAAAACACCGCUCGCUCCACAGCCAUUCACUCAUAUACUUCACUUUCUUUUUAAUUUUUAUACUACGAUGACAUUACGCGCGUAUUGUAAAAGGAAUUAUAGAACCAGUUUACUAAAUUUCUAAUUUUUCUUUUGUUCAUCCCGAACAGUUCCUUUCGUGACUAACUUCGGACUAUAUCUAAAGAUUGGCGACAGUUAUUUUCGUAUAAGAUUAUUCUCGAAAUAACUUGAGACUUCCUUUUAUAAAAAGUAUAAGGUCUUUCCGAAGUGUUAUACUGGUAACGCCAAUGUAUUAUACAACCAAAAUUACAUUUUGAUUAUUUUUACUUUAAGUAUAGGUUUAAAAAUAACAUUCUCUUAUUAUUUUGUGAGAUGGAGGUGCAUUAAACAUAUAUUUAUACCUUAAACACAAAUGGCACAGUAGUAGUUUUAAAUAGAUAUAUGUGGACAUUAAAAUAGAGGGAUAAAAAUGCCAUGGAGUCUGCUGUUAUCAUAUGAAAUUACAUAAAAAGUUUUAAAUUACUUGUAUUUAUUUAUAUUUUUCGGAGUUCUUUAUAUUUGCUGUCACAUUCCUCAGGCGGUAUUAAACAUUUUAAUGAUUAUGUAU